AUGUCUGAUAGAUGUCCUACAUCAGCAAACGCUGGAAUUUCACAAGUGCGAUUCAAAAUUGAAAAAGAAAUAUUUGAUAUUAUUACGGAAGUAUUCAGGGACAUUGAUGAUAUUCCUGAUUGCACUGUCAUCUACGAAAGAAGGUUUAAGAGUAUUUCCGGUUUCGCCGAGGUGAAGGCAGAAUGUAAGAAGAAGGAUUCAUUGUGUACCCAUCAGGAUUUGCUACGGUUAUCAUUGUUUGGUACACAUGCAAUUGAAGAGUACAAUGCCAAAUGCAUCUUACUUGUACAGGUCAUAGGUCCUGCCAUAACCUACUAUGGAUGUGUAGAACACACAAAUGGCUCAAAGAUUAUUUUCGAAAUAUCAAAGAUCAAAAUCCCACUGUCAAUUCAAGACUUUGUUAUGAAGCUUUAA